AUGUCCUUCUUGCGAGGCUCUGAGAACUAUGUCUGGUGUACAACAAGUGUGCUAGGAAAAGGGGCCACCGGUGCCGUUUUUCAGGGUGUGAAUAAAAACAAUGGAGAACCUGUUGCAGUGAAAACAUUCAACCAACUCAGCCACAUGAGACCUCAUGAUGUCCAAAUGCGUGAGUUUGAAGUGUUGAAGAAAGUGAAACAUGAGAAUAUUGUAAAAUUAUUAGCCAUUGAAGAGGAACAAGAAGGUAGAGGGAAAGUAAUUGUAAUGGAACUGUGCACUGGCGGGAGCUUGUUCAAUAUUCUAGAUGAUCCUGAGAACACAUAUGGUUUGCAAGAGCAAGAGUUCCUUUUAGUCCUGGAACACUUGACUGCUGGAAUGAAACAUUUGAGAGAUAACAACUUGGUACAUAGAGACUUAAAGCCGGGUAACAUAAUGAAAUACAUAAAUGAAGAUGGCACAACAACAUACAAGUUGACAGACUUUGGAGCUGCUAGAGAAUUACAGGAAGAAGAACAAUUUAUGUCGCUGUAUGGUACUGAAGAGUACUUACAUCCUGAUAUGUAUGAGAGAGCAGUAUUAAGGAAACCAGUAGGCAAGAGUUUUGGUGCUACAGUAGAUCUGUGGUCUAUAGGAGUGACAUUGUACCAUGUGGCAACUGGACAACUACCAUUCAGACCAUAUGGAGGCAGAAAGAACAAGGAAACCAUGUUUUACAUUACUACCAAGAAAGCAUCUGGGGUUAUAUCUGGAACUCAAACAACAGAAAAUGGUCCUAUAGAGUGGUCAAGGGAACUCCCAGCACAUUGCCAACUGAGUGUGGGUCUUCGUAAGCUUGUGACUCCACUACUAGCAGGUCUGCUGGAGAUGGACCCACACAGAAUAUGGAGUUUUGAUCGCUUCUUCUCUGAGGUGCAGAUAGCAACAUCUACAACCCCUGUCCACAUAUUCCAUGUGAAUAAAGCAUCCAGCUUAAAGGUAAGUGUAUAG